ACGACUUCCUGGGCUAGCGAAUUCGGCUAAGCCAUCAAGGUUGUGCAUCCAUCUUUUUUUUCUGGAGCUUCAACGUUGAGUCAUGAGUCUAUUAUACCUGCAACCAUCGAACCCUGGCAAUCCAGAAAAUCGAUUUGGCUUCUCGUAUCACUCUUUCCUUGAGCGAUCCAAGACCAAACACGCACAGACUUGUAGUAAUUGGGUCGUCCCUCCCAGCUUAAACUCCGAGAAGCUUCAAGUGGUAUCGCCGCCAUGUCUCCGCGUGUCGCCUGCCGCACCCUCAAAUCCGCAAUGGCUCAAUUUCAGACUCGCUCUCUCUCCGGCGCCGCCGGGCCCAGGCAUCUUCUCUCCAUCAGCGACCUCAGCCCAGCCGAAUUUACAAAACUCGUUCUCAAUGCCUCGUCCCACAAGGCGGCAGUCAAGGCUGCUUUCGCCGCCGGCGAGCAACCUCCGAAACCGCUGCAUGGGUCAUUGACCGGCAAGACGGUAGCCAUGAUGUUCAGCAAGCGCAGCACCAGAACCCGCGUCUCAACAGAAGCAGCCGUGCAACUAAUGAACGGACAUCCAAUGUUUCUGGGCAAGGACGACAUCCAGCUAGGCGUGAACGAGUCCCUCCGUGACACCUCUGUCGUGAUCUCCUCCAUGACCUCGUGCAUGGUCGCCCGCGUGGGCGCGCACAAGGAGGUCGUCGACCUCGCCGCGCACUCGUCCGUGCCUGUCAUCAACGCGCUAUCCAACGACUUCCACCCGCUGCAGACCAUCGCCGACUUCCAGACCAUCCACGAGCACUUCCCCUCCCGCACGCCCUCCGAUUCCAGCCUCGGGCUAGAGGGCCUCAAGGUCGCGUGGGUGGGCGACUCCAACAACGUGCUCUUCGACCUGGCAAUCGGCUGUAUCAAGAUGGGUGUCGACAUUGCCGUGGCCUCGCCCCCCGGGUACGGCAUUCCCGACGCGAUGAGGCAGCUGAUCCUGGCCGCCGGAGAAGGCGUGGCCAAGCCGGGCCGGCUCACCGAGACGCAGGUGCCCGAGGAGGCGAUCAAGGACGCCGAUAUCCUCGUGACCGACACGUGGGUCUCGAUGGGUCAGGAGCAGGAGACCCAGAAGAGGCUGAAGGCGUUUGCGGGUUACCAAAUCACCAACGAGCUGGCCAAGCGCGGCGGCGCCAAGCCCGACUGGAAGUUCAUGCACUGCCUGCCUCGACAUCCCGAGGAGGUUGACGAUGAGGUCUUCUACGGCCCCAGGUCCCUUGUUUUCCCGGAGGCUGAGAACCGGCUCUGGGCUGCUGUCGCUGCUCUGGAGGCGUUUGUGGUCAACAAAGGGAAAAUUCUGUAAAACGAGGAAUGGUUGUUACAGAGAUUCCAAUCAGACAUUGCUUUGAAAUGGCAGGCGUGAUUUCAGGAGUUGGGUCCCUUAGAAA